UUUUCCCCGGAAGUCUUUGCUGCACUGCAAUUUGCCUCUUUGGAUCGUCUUCACCGUCGGAACCAGGACCAGAAACAGAACCGGAGAAAUGCACGCCGAAAGGGCCGUGCUGAGCGAAGCUGACGGCACCGUUCAGGUCAAACCAGAGCCACUCGAUGAAGUUGAGAUCUGGUCCUAUCCUGUCCUGAGGAAGCUGUCCAUCAGACUGACUGACUGCAGGGUGUGGCUGGAGGGGCGGGACUCCCUGUUUUUGGAUGAUCAUCCUGAGCUCUGUGAGUCGCUGCCAUCCCAGCCAAACUUCACCAAUGCCGGCAGGAAGAUGGUGUACUGCCACCAGUGCCCCAGGGGCUUCUACAAGCAGUCCCAUCUGGAGGCUCACUUCCGCACCCAUGAAGGACAGAGGCCCAACGAGUGCUGGCAGUGCGGGAAGACCUACCCAACCCUGAUGAGCCUCGUGGUCCACCAGCAGAUCCACGAGCGCAGUGAGCCGUACCAAUGCUCCUACUGUGACAAGACUUUUGCCCUGAAAAGGGACUGGAAGACCCAUCACCGCACUCACUCUGGGACCAAGCCCUUCAAGUGCUGGUUCUGUGGGGAUGGCUUCAACCAGCGAACGGAGCUCACUGAGCACCUGGAGGUUCACAAGGGGGAGAAGUGUUACCGCUGCUCCGUCUGUAGCAAGAUGUUCGUAUCUUACCAGGGGUUCAACUUCCACUGCAAGUCACAUAAGAACCCCAAGCAUCUGCCGUGCUCCAAGUGUGACAAGACCUUUAGCAACCCUCAGAGCCUGAAGCUCCACCAAGUGACGCACUCCAACAGCAAGCCCCAUACCUGCCCCACCUGUGGGAAGAGCUUCAAGCUACUGAGUGGCCUGCGCUGCCACCAGCGCACCCACGAGGACCUGAAGGAGUACCACUGUGAUGAGUGCAGCAAGUGCUUCUCCAGCUUGCAGGGUCUGAAGCUCCAUGACCGGACCCACACUGGACUAAAGCCCUACAAAUGCUCAGAGUGUGGCAAGAGGUUCACACAGUCGCCCCACCUCAAGUCACACAUGGUGACCCACACCGGUGAGCGACCCUUCCUAUGCACCACCUGCGGCAAAAGGUUCACCCAGUCAUCCCACCUCCGGUCCCACAUCACGCUGUUCCAUGUGGGGGAGAAGCCAUUUACCUGCGACGACUGUGGCAAGAGCUUCACCAUCGCCCACUACCUAAAGAUGCACCGGCUCAGCCACACCAAGGAGAAGCACUACCAGUGCACGUACUGCCAGAAGGCCUUCUCCUACCACAACUCCUGGAGGGCUCACGAGAGGAUCCACACCGGCGAGCGUCCCUUCAGCUGCCAGGAAUGUGGCCGCAGCUUCAUCACGUCUGGUACCUUGCUCAACCACCAGAGAGCCAAACAUACCGGUGAGAAAAACCACUACUGCAUCACCUGUGGGGAAUUCUUCUUCACCAGCUCACAGCUGCGCAUCCACCAGCUCAACCACACCGGCGAGCGACCGCACGCUUGCAACUGCGGCAAGACCUUUAAGACCAAAGGAGUACUACGCUACCACCUGAAGAGGUUCACCAAGCACCGGCCAGCCGAGUGAGCUGUCCCCCGGGACCCCAUAUCCUAACGGGGCAAGCAUCAAGAUCUGGAUUUCCAUAAUCUAUGUUCUUCUUGACACUUUGAGCUGGCCUCAUCUCUUCUUCUGCAGUGGUUUAUGAAGCACCUGGUGAACAGACUCACCUGACUAAGUUGAUGCUGCAGUGGUUGUCUACAAGUUUGAAUACUAAACAGAAAUGGAAACAGCUGCUGCAGAAGCUGUUUAUAGGUUCUUCAGAGUCUCAUCCCAGGAAUCAUGUUCUCACCACCGGGACCAGAGUCUCUCAACCCCGGGACGCCAACGCACUACAGUCCAGCUGUGGUCCAGCUGCACCGCACCAUACCCAGUGAUGGUGGUCCACUCAGCAGCAGUACAGCAAACUUCAGAAACGUCCCAGAAGGGACUGUCUGCUCUGCUCCACUAAAGAUACACAUCUGUUUUUGUGCUCGGCAUGAAGUACAUCAGUGUUCAUACGGCACAAUGAGCGGACAGGAAGUUUGACAUCACAAAGGCCCAGAGGAUCUAGCUAAUUUUCAAAGUAAAACACCCUGCACAGGCUCUGAUUUAUACAUUAACAUUAUGUUGACAGGUAGAACCUGCCAUGUUUCAUUGUCAUUUUCACAUUAAUGCGCCUUCUUCUCUGCCACUGUGCAAUUGAUAUACCUCACACACACAGUGUGUGAGGACACUGUGUGAGAAGAAACAACCAUGCUCCGUUUUUACAGCAGUGUUGAUCUGUCUGCAGGGCAACUUAAGUCCCUCUGGGAGCAUUUCCAAUGCGGAAGCUUCCAAGUGCUGCCUCCUCUGCUGGACUAAAGGUAACGAUUAUUUUGAGAUCAAAUCAUAAUGUCACAGUAGACUGCUUUUUAAAGGAGCAUGAGGCUCCUUUUAAGAAAUGAGACUCAUUAGCGCCACCCUUCGCCACAACGGCAGUCGGGGGUACUGCAGCCAACAGCGAAGCCGGCACGGGAGAACGGGGAGAACGCGCAUGCAGCGUCAUUUGACGUCACAUCCGCAGGACAGCGCGGGAAAUUCGGCCCCACAAUUGCAGCACAUUUUGCAGCACACAGCCUGUUCAAGGCAACGGAGAGAUACGCUAGAGGGCUCAUUCUUUUUGGUUUGGAACGCUUCAUCUGACAUUAUUACUAGAAAACUUAAAACGUAUACGAAUUUCUUUCAUAAAUCCUGCCUCAAUCCUGCCUCAUGCUCCUUUAAGUCCCUCUGGGAGCAUUUCCAAUGCGGAAGCUUCCAAGCGCUGCCUCCUCUGCUGGACUAAAGGUAACGAUUUUUUUGAGAUCAAGUCAUAAUAUCACAGUAGACUGCUUUUUAAAUAGUACACCUUGUUUGACCUUUUCUUUCUAGAAAUAAAAGGAUGAGAGGUAGCAAUGAAAAUUAGCAUUUUGAUUUCUAAACUGAACUUCUCCAGGUACAUGGUUCAAAUCUCUUCUAAACCCCUCUGAAUUGUUAUCCACAGCCUGCCCAUGAUGUUUGUAUUUGAGUCUGAAUGUUUGAGUUUUGAGCUGUCUCAUUUAAACACUUAAUCAGGAUUCUCUGUAGCAUUUUCAUGAUGGACUUCCUGUCACCUCUUUCUGUUGUGUGUACAUUGAUGCAGUCUAUCAGUGGUUUUGCGUCAAAUUAGUCCUGGAAUGUAUUUUUAGUGGAGCAACUGGACUCAACGGCCCUAAACUGCUGCUCCUUGGCGCUCCUGAACUGCUCCUGACCUGCUCAUUGGUGCGCCUGAACUGCUUCUUGGUGCUCCUUAGCACACCUGCACCACUCUGGCGCUUGCUGACCGACCACUCUCAUUUACUAGAAUGGUGUUGAUUGAGAGUGCUGCCGCUGCGCUGCUGGGCCACCUGUGUUCUGCAGCCUCUGCAACAGUAGCUUCAUGGAGUAUUGUCUAUACUGCAAAAACAGCCCCUUUAGAAAUAAGCGUAAUAUUCCAUAAACCUAGUCAAAAUUAGUAUAUUUGCCAGGAAUUCUUAAAACUAGCAUAAUAGCUUUAAAAUAGUUGUAGAAUUUGUUUUUAAAACAAGGCAUCCUUUCCUUAGAAAUUAAUUUUUGCAGUGAGUGCUUUAUCACCGCGGUGGUGUUGGCGCUCCAGGUUCAGGUCCUCAUCUAAUGUGGACACCCAGAAACCAGAAUGUGGAGACGGUCUCUGCUGAUGUAUUGUGGUUUAUUUAUUUAUUCCUGUUCAUGAUCAGCUCCUUGGUGUUGGUGGUGUUGUGGACCAGUUUGUUUUCCUGGCACCACCAGGCCAGCUGCCUCAAUUCACACUGGGGUGCACAUAAGCCGGUACUCGAGGGCCAGUCUACUGCACGUUUUAGAUGUUUCCCUGCCUCAACACAACCCUGAUAGACAAGGCUGUGUCACCAACAGAGUUGUGUAAACCUUGAUGACAUGUUGAUGACGACCAGUGAUUAGAAUCAGGUGUGUUGAAGACAGGGAAACAUCUAAAACAUGCAGUAGACUGGGCCUCGAGUACAGGCUUGUGUGGACCCCUGACUACAAGCAGUGAAGGUGUUGGGGCCUAGUCUAACCCCCCAGAGUAACCUUGCACUUCUCUACUGCGAGUGUCUUGGUGCGGCUGGUCGGUAGGGGAGGUGUAUCUGCUGUUGAGUCCACCUUAAAGCAGCACUAUGUAACUUUUCCACCUUAAUAUCAUAUUUCCAAAGUCAUUGUGAUGGUACAUCAACUUCCAACAGGUUUAAUGACACCUCUGUCAUGGUCUGAGGGGUCUGUAUCUUUGAGGAGCAUGGUAGGAACCCUGCCACACUAAAAAACUACAAAUUUUUACGGCUUUGACUGCUUUACCUCAUACGUCACUUCCCCCUCCUUCCCGAUUCGUAGUCGAGACGAAAAUGGGCGGGGCUUGGAGCGCAGCUCCGCAGAAGCUGGUAACCCGUUGCUGUGUUGUGGCUGCAGCAGCUCCACACAACAGACGUGGGGAAAAAAUCGCUAAUGGUUUAACUUUUCACCGCUUUCCUGCUCGGAGGAAGAACCACGGAGGCCAAGUAUCUGAUAUAACAGAGUAAAAGAGUGAAAGAGUCGUCGGCUCGGUUGGAUCUCGGCUGUAAUGACCAAACAUAACCUUCCACACAUGAUCACAAACAAACACGCAGACCGGGGUCGGAUCGGGUUUUAUUGCCCCACUUCUCCAGCUAAACGCAGUUGCUGGCCAGCUCUCUGCGAUGCGAUUAACCCCAAUCUUCAGAUAAAACUAGUUUGUUGAGGAAAAGAUAUUAACUCUAUUUAUAGCCGCAGAGGAAAAAAAUAAUCUCACGAGGAAAACCAAAAUAUUGCUCACGCCUCGGAGCCUCUUCAGCAUAAUAUAGCAGUCAAAAAAAAAAAAAAGAGAAGUAAGAGUGAUACAAAACAUGUACUGUAUGUUGUACUAUUAUACAAAUUUAUUGAAACACAUGGCGAGUCAAACAUUUACCAAAGCAGCUGCCAAACACUCCUAAACAAGGUAGCCUAAGACGUGGGUUGUGCAGAACUGCGGCAGUAAGUCCUCAUUGGAGCUCCACUCUUUGAUAGGGAUUUCAUAUGAACCCAACCCGUUAAUAAUCAUUAUUUUCUCCAUAUACCGCUCCCUGGCUUCCUUGUUUAAGGUAUCCCGGUAAAUUCCAGUUCCUUUCCAGCAGUUUAACAUCUUUUUUUUUGCGUUCCGUCUGUUCACUUGGUGAAACAGAAAAAUAGUUUUUAAAGUCCGUCCCGUCUUCAUUCGCUAUCAAAACAAAUGCACGCGACGGGGACAGGAGUUUUCCGGCAGUACACGCUGGUGCUCAUGGGAAACGUAGUGUUCUUUCUGGUAAAACACUACCGCUUUUGUCCAAAGGACAAAAAGUUACAUUGUGCUGCUUUAAUGUACUUCUGAAACUUGAAGCACUUUUAGGUCAGCGUGGUUGAACCUCCGGAUACGUGGUCUGGUGCUUGGUGAUGGUCUCAUAAGUGACCAAUCAUCAACGAUGGCAAGCAAUUCACCCUAUGCCUCCCCCAGCUGAGAUGGAUUGAUCAUGAACAGAGGUUAAUCUAUCAUUGAUCACCCCCUAUUGGCCACUGGUGAUGCUGAUCCAGGACGAGCCACUACAGGAUGGGGACACCAGACUGAAACUUCUCAUGGAAGUCGUGUUAAUGUCAGGCUUUUAUUUUGAAAACCACUACAAAGCACAAUUACUUUAAACUGAGUAUUUUUUGGGUGUUGAGCCAAUUAUAAUUCAGUCUGAACUGCAUAUAAAACCGAAUUUGGACCUAGACUGUGUGAAUUUGGACCUAGACUCCAAGUGUGGUGGAACCGGAUCUUGGAGAACAGAAUCUUGCUAAAGCUGCUGGUUCACAAUAAAACUGAAUUGUUCAUAUGGUUUCUGUUUCUGAUGGCUGAAUGUUCCGCAGGUCUGUCUCCUCACCAAAAUGUUUUAUUUCAGCUGUGAGUCAUCCGUUUGGUAGUCUUUUAUGUACUUUGUAACACACAGAACACCCAUAUGUCAAACAUGUUUAUCAUAAAAAUAUCACAUCUUAAACAAGAAGUAAAACCAAAGCAUUAAAGAUGAUCAAACUUAA